AUUGCGCCAUUUUGGAUAGGGCAGUUUCCAGGCUGCUAGGAGUGUAUUGUCUCUAUAGGAAGAGACGGGAGUGCGUUAUCAGUGAACAGUCACAGAGUUAACACAUUCUUGGACGAGGGGUUCCUCGUAAUAUUUACUACAACGCCAGCCACACUAUAUGUCCCUACAAUGGGCGUUCUAUCUAGCUAACUAAAUUAGUUUCAAUGGCACUCCAUACCCGGUAGCCGAGAAGGAUAGUGUGUGUCGGACAGUAGUGAGAGGAGUCGAGCUCCCUCUCGGUGUGGUGUGACCGCUUGGAGAGAAGACGGCAAGGCGGUUAACCCCGGCUGCGUAUUUGGAGCAAUAGGAGUGAACGUGCCUAACGCAUUGUCUCCCUGUUUCUCUUGAAGUGAUAUAAUUUACUACAACCAAGAGAGCACCGGAUUUGAGACCAGGUGGGCAGAAUGUUCCAGCUCCCGGUCAACAACCUGGGCAGCUUACGGAAAGCCAGGAGAAAUGUCAAGCGGGUUCUGGGAGACAUUGGCCUGGAGUUUUGUAAAGACCACAUUGAGGACUACAAAGACUAUGUCCCUGAUAAUAACGAGUUCUACAUCAAGCACACCACCUGGGAUGAUGUAUGUGUGUGGGAUCCUUCACUGACCAAAUCCCAGGACUACAGAUCAAAGCCUUUCUGCUGUUCCGGCUGCCCUUUUUCCUCCAAAUUUUUCUCGGCGUACAAGAGUCACUUCCGCAAUGUCCACAGUGAGGACUUCGAGAGCCGCAUCCUGCUUAACUGCCCCUACUGCACCUACAAUGGGAACAAGAAGACCCUGGAGACGCACAUCAAGCUGUUCCACAUGCCCAACAACGUGGUUCGCCAGGGCCCCGGGGGCAUGCAGGGGGCAGUGGGUGGGCUGAAGGACGGCAUGCAGCUGGGCAAGAGGCCCGGAGAGAGUAUCGAGCAGGCGGUGUACUACUGCAAGAAGUGCACCUACAGGGACCCGCUUUACAACGUGGUGCGCAAACACAUCUACCGAGAACACUUUCAGCAUGUGGCCAAGCCCUACCUGGUUAAGCUUGAGGAAAAGGCCACGCCCAACGGUGCCGCAGCAGGUAACACCACGGGCACAGGGAACACAGACCGCAGCAGUAAUGCUAAUGCUAACGCCAACAGCAACACCAUCCACUGCAAGCGCUGCCUCUUUUUGCCACGCACCUAUGAGGCACUGGUGCAGCAUGUUAUUGAGGACCACGAGCGAAUCGGUUACCAGGUGACCGCCAUGAUUGGUCACACAAACGUGGUGGUACCUCGCGCCAAACCUGUCAUCGUGGUAUCCCCGAAGACUGGGGAGAAGACUGUCAUCGGGGUAGGACCUAAAGGUCAGCUAGUGACCACCACAGUGGGGGGGGUCCGCUCCGUUUCUACCCAGAACCUCAGCAGGAUCGUCAUCCCAAAGUCAGGCCUGAGCUCAACGGGACUCCUGUCUGGGGUUCACCUGAAGCAAGGGGCGUUUGGGUUAAAGAGUGGGACUACCCAAUCCUUCUCUAUAGGCGGGCAGCAGGUGAGAAUCACUUUGCCUGGCAACGCAAAGGUGUCUGUGCCCCAGCAUUCUCAAGCAGCCAAACAGAACCUCACUGGUGGUUUGCGGAGCCCCAUAGUGGUGAGUUCUUCCUCGUCUACGCUCAACUCCCGGGUCCAGGCGGCUGCCGCCACGGUGGCCUCAGUCACGGCCAAGGGGAAGGGGGGUAGCUCUGUCCUGGGCACGUCGUACACACAGAAGUGGAAAAUCUGCACCAUCUGCAACGAGCUCUUCCCUGAGAAUGUGUACAGCUCGCACUUUGAGAAGGAGCACAAGGCAGAGAAAGUACCUGCCGUGGCCAACUACAUCAUGAAGAUCCACAACUUCACCAGCAAGUGUCUGUACUGCAACCGCUACCUGCCCAGCGACACACUCCUCAACCACAUGCUGAUCCACGGCCUGUCGUGCCCGCACUGCCGCGCCACCUUCAACGACGUGGAGAAGAUGGUUUCGCACAUGCGACAGUCCCACCCGGACGAGACGGUGGGGCCGCGCACCGAUUCCCCUCUGACUUUCGACCUCACUCUUCAGCAGGGCAACCCCAAGAACGUCCAGCUGAUUGUCACCACCUACAACAUGAGAGACGCACCGCAGGAGUCCAUGGCCCUCCAUGCCCAGAGUGCCUCGUCGUCCACACAGACGGGCAAGAGGACCGUGCCCAGCCAACCCCCAAAGAUGCCCUCUGAUUCAGAAGAUGGCUCGCCUGCCAAGAGUGCACCUCAGGCGGCUGUACCGUACAAGAAAGACGUGGGCAAGACUCUGUGCCCGCUGUGCUUCUCCAUCCUCAAGGGCCCCAUCUCUGAUGCACUGGCACACCAUCUGAGAGAGAGGCACCAGGUUAUCCAAACCGUGCACCCGGUGGAGAAAAAACUCACCUACAAAUGUAUCCACUGCUUGGGUGUGUACACAAGCAACAUGACAGCCUCCACCAUCACACUGCACCUCGUCCACUGCCGCGGUGUGGGGAAGACCCAGAACGGGCAGGACAGCAGGCCUGCGCCCUCCCCCAGGGUCUCCCAGGCCCAGGGCAUUAGCCUCAAACGGGCCGGUUUCGAAAACUGUGACCCAAACGACCCAAAGCGGCGUAAGCUACCGCCUGGAGAGCCAGAGAGCCCUGCAGCUUUUGUAGAGAAUCCAGAUGACCCUGUCAACCUGAUCCUUGACCCCAAAGGUCACGAGGAUGAGUCGUACGAGGCGCGGAAAGCCUUCCUUUCGCAGUACUUCAACCGCGAGCCCUACCCAACGCGUAGGGAGGUGGAAAAACUAGCCUCAAGUCUGUGGUUGUGGAAGUCUGAUAUCUCCAGCCACUUCACCAACCGCAGGAGGAAAUGCACACGGGACUGUGAGACCCAGAAGGCUGAGGUGUUGCUGGGCUUCAACAUGCAGGACAUCAGCCAGCUCAGCCACGAACUGACCUUCGACUCUGAGUGCUUGUUUGAGGGCAAAGGAGACCGUGGAGAGACAGUGGAGAGGCGGACGUCCAGGAUGUGCAUCGGACGGUCUGAGCAGGCCAUUCAGCGCAUGGAGGAGAGGGCUGUGGCUAACGGUGGUGCUACUCUCCAGCUGGGUAUUUCAACAGGGUCUGGCAGUGAGGCCAGGGUCACAACCCAGCCCAACUGUGGGGCCAAGAGCGACCAAAACAAGACAAUCGGAAGCACCUUAAAACAGAGGGGGCCUAAGUAUGUUUCAGAACCCAUAGCUAUUGACUCAGAUAGCGAUGAGGAUGAAAUAGAUGAUGAUGGUGAGGAGGAGGAGAAGGAGGAGGAUGAAACGGGAGCAGUAGAAGUGAAUUCCAUGGGUGAUGACAGGCUGGCUGCUGGGAGAGAGGGAGAGGUGGUAGGGACAGGGGCCCACUCCAGCCCAGACCUAGAGGACAUGGAUGAGGAGGAGGAGGAAGAAGAGGGUCAUGUAGAGAAUGGAUAUGGCUCAACGCUGCUGGAAAGGCAGGCUAAAGGGAAGGAAGCUGUUGCCAAACUGGGUCAAUCGGGAAGUGGAAAAACUAGGGCCCAACUCGGCAAGCAUCAGGUCUGACCAAUUGACACAAACAAAUGACACGACGCGCACAGAGACGUUACAUUUGAUCCAACAGCUCUGCCUCACCAGAACUUUAGAGCUAGAAAUGGUCAAUGGUGUCAUGAAGGAGACGAGGUGAGAAGGAGAGCCUCUUUCCUUUUCACUUCCACAAGCCAUCCAAUGAUGUUUAAACAAGUCAUGUCGAAGGGCCAAUUAAAGCUGCUCUGCAGUCCUAAAGUAGCUGUGAGUGAUGUAAGAUUUGUGAACAGUUUAUAUCUUACCUCCAGGGGGUAAGAGAACCCUGAAAUGAUUUGCCUUCUAUUUACUUUAUGAGAAAAUUCAGAUUAGUACUUAUUCUUGUCCAUUUGGCGCCGAGUUUCACUGUGGCAAAUAACUUGAGUUAUUACGAUUUACUAGCUUUUAAGAGAAACUAGAGAAUCCCCCAUUUUUUUCCCGUUGCCGGUAUGCAGGAAUAGCUAGUGUAUAUUUGUCCAGUCUUUUAGAUCUGUUUGGAGAGAAGUUGCUACAUUUUCUUUCUGUGUACAAGCUAGCUGUGUAUGUUCUACAUUGGUUUGCUGGAUGUUGCUUUGGUGACUGGUAUUUUCUGUUUUGUUUAUUUUUUUAACAAAACCAUAGUGUUUUUGCUAAAUAAUAUAUCUAUAUAUAUAUAUAUAUAUAUAUAUAAAUGCAAAUUUGAAAUGAACAUAAUUGAUUGCUUUAGUUUUUUUUCUCCGCUGUUUGUUUACUAUGAUUUAUUAGACUUUUUUAUUUGCAGUAAUAACUUUGGUUCUAUUGAAAGAGUUCCUCAUAUCCUUCUCCGCGUCAGUGAAAGGGCCAUUUGGACUGAUCUCUGUAGCCCUGUGCUUUGUAGUCUAGACUGUACUUUCUUCACUCACCUAUUCCUUAUUUUACCACCGAGAAUAGACGUUUGCUGUCGCCUUUGAAACAGAGAGCAUUCGCUAUUAAUAUGACGUUUCUGUGUGUAUGUUUUAAUUUGUGAUCUUCAAUUUGAUUUGUUUUUGUUUUUAACUUGAGCAUCUAUGAACAAUAAAGUGUUGCAUUGUGCUUCUCC